AUGCAAGCAGUAAACAGCCAAUUGCUGCAUUAUCAUUCGCAUGCCAGAACUGCUUGGGACAAUGGCCAAACAGCGCGAAUUCGAUUCUUGUUGACGGAACUGCGCCUGACCCUAUAA